AAGAUGCCGUUUCAUCACGUGCGAGCGGGCCUCCUGUAUCCCGACAACUACCUGAGCGGCUCCCUCACAGAAGGCGACGACGCCUUCAAGCUCACCAGCAUCUCCACCGAGGAGCUUGGAGAGAUUCGCGAGGCCUUUCGUGUGCUGGACCGCGACGGGAAUGGCUUCAUCUCCAAGCAGGAGCUGGGAAUGGCCAUGCGCUCGUUGGGGUACAUGCCCAGCGAGGUGGAGCUCGCCAUCAUCAUGCAGAAGCUCGACAUGGACGGAGACGGGCAGGUGGACUUUGAGGAAUUCAUGACGAUACUCGGGCCAAAGCUGCUGUCAUCGGACAACAGAGAAGGUUUCUUAGGCAACACCAUCGACAGCAUCUUCUGGCAGUUUGACAUGCAGCAGCUGUCUCUGGACGAGCUGAAGCAGGUUCUCUUCCACGCCUUCCGCGAUCACCUGACCAUGAAGGACAUCGAGAACAUCAUCAUCACCGAGGAGGAGAGCCUCAAUGAAACCUCGGGAAGUUGUCCCGAGUACGAGGGAGUGCAUCCCAAGAAGAAGAACCGGCAGACGUGCGUGAGGAAAAGUCUCAUCUGCGCCUUCGCCAUGGCCUUCAUCAUCAGCGUCAUGCUCAUCGCCGCCAAUCAGAUGUUGCGCAACGGCAUGGAGUGA